GGGCCCGCGCGGCCAUGGCGGCGGUCGUGCCGGACUACGAGUCGGCCGAGCUGUACACCCGCUCGUUCCGCGUGGGCGGCCUGGGCCUCGGCUGGCGGCGGCUGCUGGAGCCGCCCGACCUCUCGCUGGCGGCGGAGGCGGAGGAGGAGGCGGACGCGGAGGCGGCGGCGGCGCUGGGCUGCGCGCUGGGCACGGCGGCCGAGCUGCGCGCCGUCUGCAGCAUUGAUAUGUUAAUGUGUUCUGAAAAAGAAGAGGACCCAGAUGUUAUUCCUGAAGAUAGCAGUCUGCUCACUCUUCGAAUUAGGAAGAAGGCCUUAGAGAGGAGAGAAGAAACAAUUAUUGUGGAUCGGGCUUGCAGACAAGAAACCCUUACCUAUGAGAUGGAGUCACAUGCAAUUGGAAAGAGGCCAGAUGAUCCAACAGAUCUAAUUGAGGAGGGAGAACUACUUUUAACUCUGAACAUCUUUUAUCCUGUUAUAUUUCAGAAGCAUAAAGAUCACAAACCCUACCAAACAGUCCUUGUACUGGGCAGCCAGAAGCUCACUGAGCUGAGAGACUCGAUUUCCUGCGUCAGUGACCUCCAGAUAGGUGGUGAGUUCAGCAGUCAGCCAGAUCAAGCACCAGAGCACAUCAGCAAGGAUCUCUACAAAUCUGCCUUCUUCUAUUUUGAAGGCAUCUUUUAUGAUGACAAAAGAUACCUAGAGUGCAGAGAUCUGAGCAGAACAAUUAUAGAGUGGUCAGAAUCUCAUGACAGAGGCUAUGAAAAUCUUCAGUCUGUUAAGAUGGAGGACUAUGUAUUUAAUGAUUUAUCCCUCAAGAUUGGCUUUCCAUACCUUUACUGUCACCAAGGGAACUGUGAACACAUCAUUAUAAUCACAGAUAUAAGGCUUAUUCAUCAUGAUGACUGUCUGGAUAGGAAUCUGUAUCCCUUGCUGGUUAAGAAACAUUGGCUAUGUACCAGAAAAUGUUUCGUGUGCAAGAUGUAUACAGCAAGGUGGGUAACCAACAGAGACAGUCUGGCACCAGAGGAUCCUUGUUUCUUCUGUGACGUUUGUUUUCGGAUGCUCCAUUAUGAUGCAGAAGGCAAUAAACUGGGGGAGUUUCUUGCAUAUCCUUAUGUUGAUCCUGGGAUUUUCAACUGAAACUGACAUGUGCCAGGAUUAAUUCAGUGAAUUACAUUGUUGAAUCUGUUGCUCUGGCUGUUAAAACCACUGGACAGCUUGAGGUUUGAGCGUACUGCUGGGUUUCAGGUUAGGCAUGUAAUCCUCUCCCAUGAGCUGGAAGGAGCCCUUUGCACUUGAAGAUUAUCUGGUGUGUUUUCUGAGUAAGUAAGUAUGAUUUUACAGAUAAGUUGGCGUGCAAAAAUGUAAUACACUUUUACAACAUUCCAGUAGUUUGGAUGCUAUGGAGUGUAAAAUAUGGAUGUUUAAGAAUACCUGGCAAAAUAAACCAUGAUUUUGAGAAGCUCUGUGCAUCCAAGGCUGUGUAAACCUCUGUGGAUAAGAACAUGGUCUGUGUUAUGAGUAGUAAUUCGUGGGAAUAAAAGGUGUAUCAAAAUAUAUACGUAUAAAAUAAACCACUGGUGUACAAGGCGGGAUGGCGAAACCACGGCAGAUGGACGGGGAGGCACCACCACAUUUGCAUUCGAAGGAAACUCCGGCUGCACAGGAGAUGGGCAUUCGCAAGAACCUACGCCCAGCUGCGCCCAGGUGAUGAUGGCCCAGACACGAUGCCUAUCUGAGAUGACCAGGGCCAUCAACCUUCCAUCUGAAUGCCAGCUUCCGGGAACUGGAGAAGCGUAUUAUUCUAUUCCCAGAUGGAGGCUUUGUGCAGCCGAACCCGAGGCAGAGAAAGAAACCAACUUGAAUAUGAAGAACUCAGAAAGAAACAAAGACAUCCUGCUGCGGGCGAAAUAAACUGUAUAAGAACUGCUGCCUCGAAGCAGCCGGGGUGGACGGGGCGGAUUUGGUGCUAGCGAGGCCGUAUCCCACAUUCUCCCGCAUCACCUUCUGGGGGUGGUACGCUGUCCGAUUUGGUUGGUGGCUGUCGAGACUGUAUUACGGUUGUGAAAUAAAUUUUUAUUUUUUAUUUUUAUUAAAAUUGGCUAUUUUUCAUUUAUAACAGUCUGUAUAUAUCUUACCUUGAAAACUGGCAGUUGCCAUAUUUGAACAAGGAUGGAUGGCACUGAAUUUGUAGGGAGGAGAACACUUUCUGAAAGAGAAGCUCAGAAUGCUGGUUAAACUCUUGGGUCUUUCCUACAAAUGAAAGCUUGCAUCUGAAGGCUUUUGCUGUCCCUGGUUUCUGACUCUGAGGACUGAUUCUGUAGAGAGGAAACUACAUUUCACCAUUAAUGAAUUGUAGCCUGCCUCAUAAAUAAAUUUGCCAACUGUUUACAGUG